AUGGAAAGUCUCGUUAAUGGAUCAUCAUCAAGGCCGAUUCAUGUUUAUAUAAGUUUCAGAGGAGAUAAUGAAACUUGCAAGUUCACAGAUAGGCUCUGGGCUGCUCUUGAAACUGACGAUUUAAACAAAUUUUGGGAUGACAAAAAGCUCGAGCUAGGUGAUUCCAUCUUUCUUCCUCGUCAUUUUCUUAAACCAAUUCGACAAUCCAACAUUUCCAUUGUUGUGUUCUCCAAAAACUAUGCUUCAUACAUAUGGUGCCUUGAGGAGCUCUCUGACAUUGCUGCACGCAUUCAUGAACCACGAUAUACUGCUUUCCCAAUUUUCUGUGAUGUCAAUCCAUAUGAGGUUCUAAAAAAAAAAAUAACUAUUUCGAAAAAGCUUUUGCUAAACAUGAACAAAGGUUCCCAGCAAAUUUACGCAAGCUACAAAUUUGGAGAUCAGCAAUAA